CUCUAGCAGGCCUCCUUGCUCCAAUAUCAACUCCUGGCGUCUGGGUUCACUAACGGGACAGCAUAGCAGCAGGUUAAUCCAUCAGUCAGCGUGCAAGGAGCUUGGUGAACAAUAGAGUUGUUUGUCCUUUAAAUAUUAAUUCAAUUUCUCUUUCCUGGAAAUUUUUUCUUCAUCAGACAGACGAAAAGCUGUGAGGUUUUGUCAUUUUAAGUAAUACAGAGAGCGGCUUCUCCAUCAGUCUCACACCCACAGCUUUUUUGUGUGUGUGCGGCCCUCAUGGCGAUUGCCUCUGUGGCCACAGAGUACGUGUUUUCGGACUUUUUGUUAAAGGAUGCCAGGGAGACGAAGUACAAAGGGGUCCGCCUGGAGCUGGCCGUGGAUAAAAUAGUGACGUUUCUGGCGGUGGGGCUGCCUUUGUUUCUCAUCUCGCUCGCCUUUGCUCAGGAGGUCUCCGUAGGGACUCAGAUCACCUGUUUUGCUCCCUUCAACUUCUCCUUGAGACAAGCUGUAUAUGUGGACUCCUUUUGUUGGGCAGCAGUUCAGAACCAGGUUGACAGUUCCACACUUUGGCUGCACAAGUUCUUUCCCUACAUCCUUCUCCUCAUCGCCAUCCUCAUGUCGGUCCCCGCCGUGCUCUGGCGUUUCACCGCAGCGCCAUGCCUCUCGUCUGACCUCAACUUCAUCAUGGAGGAGCUGGAUCGAUUUUAUAACCGCUCCAUUAAACUGGCCAAAAAUCUGGCAUCUGUAGACGACAGGGACGGAGCACAGGACAACCAGAGUGCUUUGGAUCUGGCUGAGGGCUGCUUUAAAUACCCUCUAGUGGAACAGUAUCUAAAGACCAAGCGGUUCUCCUGCAGCCUCGUGGUCAAGUACAUGGUCUGUCAAUGCCUGACUCUGCUCGUCCUCUUGCUUUCCUGCGGCUACCACUGCUACUACAUCUUUCUGGCUUCGCUCGUCGACGAGUUCCCCUGCGACGUGCGGACAGGAAUGCUAAAGAACGACAGCGGAGUGCCGGCCGCCGUUCAGUGCAAGAUGGUGGCAGUAGGCGUCUUCAGGCUGCUCAGCUACAUCAACCUGGGUGUGUACUUGCUCCUCACUCCUCUGGUGGUGCUGGCGGCUCUGGGGCCGGCGCGACAGAGCUCCGGCUUCCUGCGGGCCUAUGAGAUACUGCCUGGGUUUGGUGCUCUGGGCAAAGUUAAACCCAUCUACAACGACCUCAGCAUGUACCUGCUCUUCCUGAAGGAGAACCUGAGUGAACUCAAGUCCUUUAAGUGUUUACAGGUGCUGGAGUUGUUGCAGCAGUCUGCCGAUGAGGGGUUCGACACAAUGUGCCUGCUGCAAACUCUGAGUCAGGUGAAAACUGACGUGCUGGACAGUCAGAAGAUGGACUCCAUUAAGAACAUCUGUGAGCGGGAUGAGCCUAAAAAUUAAUUAGACUGAUUAAGGUGGAAUAUUGCUCCUAUUUUAGAUGCUUCGAGAUUUUAUUUGGAAUACAGGUUUGGAUUAACUUUUGUGACCCCCACCCACCCCACCUCUCAGCUCAUACAGCCUUGUUUCUGAAGAAGAAAGAGGUGAGGAAGAGGAAAUCUGAGAGGAAAACCUCUGCACUUAUUUUCACCUAAAAUGCUGGAUGUGUAGAUUUAGAUCCACACAACAAGGAUAGUAAUGACUUCCUGGACAUUUUGACCGAAAUAAGAUUUAGCUGUUCCUUAGGAAACAGCUAAAUUUAGGAAAGCUAAGUUGGGUUUGGUUCAGGGUCUGUGGUUUGCCAGUGAAUGUCCUGUCAUUACUUUGACUAGAAUACAAAAGUGUAGUCUUUAAUCCAAGAUUGCUUUCGAUGGAGAAAGCCUUAAGCAAAGACACAAUUUCAGGUACAAGGACACACAUGUACUCUUGACAGGAGUGAGUGUUAAUUUUAGAGGAAUUUAGCUCCACUUUUUGCAUGUUUUAUUCAUGUCUGAAUGGCUUUUAAAGCCCUUGUAUUCAAGCUAUCCUAUAAAGUGUGCAGACCUGCAUGGACGGCUUAGCUUAAGCGUGGUUUAGGAAGAGCAAUUACUGUAUUUAGAGAAGUGUUGAUUGUGUAAGAGAAGGGAAACAAAAGUAAAAUGAGACCAAUAACUCAAAGCUACAGUCAAGAUGACUGAAUUUUCUUCAAGAUGAUAAAAUGACAGAUUAGAACCUUCUUGGACUGGAGCAGCUCUUAUGUGAGAAUGCUGUUGCAAAUUAGAUCCUAGUCAACUUUUUUUUUUGUACCCCUCCAGGGGGUCUUUUGUGGGCUCUAGUGUCCCUUAUACGACAGUAGAAUGACAGGAAACGGGGAAAGACAUGCGGCAAAUAUCGUCGGGUCCAGGAGUCGAACCCGCGACGGCCGCGUUGAGGACUCAAGGCCUCCAAAUAUGGGUCACGCUAACCACUACGCCACCACGGCAUGCCAGAUCCUAGUCAACUUUUUACUAUUACUUAUCAUUACAAGAACUAACAGCAUUUAAUGUGUCAGAAGUUGUUUGCACUGAAUGUAAUGUAUAUAAAAAAUUGUAUGUGAAAAAACAAAUAAAAAGAAUAAA